GAUUAAUGACAGCUUUGCUCUGCGGCGGUGUUGGAAGCAGUAGGUGUGACCUGAUCGGCUUGUGUCCUUGACUGUUCCUCCCGUACUGAUCAGAGGGAAGAUAUGAGUACCAGCUAUGGAGUUCGAGAGUGGGCGGGGGCUGCCGUAUUGACUGUCGGUGCCGCUGCUGUAGGCUAUCUGGCGUAUAGAUCCUUCUACUGUAAAGACAAGUGCUGCAAAGCUAUGGUAAACCAGGGGAUACAGAAGGACAAUCCCAAGGUGGUUCAUGCUUUUGACAUGGAGGAUCUGGGAGACAAAGCAGUUUAUUGCCGAUGCUGGAGAUCAAAGAAUUUCCCAUACUGUGAUGGAGCCCACACGAAACAUAAUGAUGAGACCGGUGACAACGUGGGCCCUUUAAUCAUUAAAAAGAAAGAAUCCUAAGUGAUGGGUUUAGUCUUUAGAUGCUGACAGUGAUAUUGUGAGCCCCAGCAAGCAGGCAGAGGAAUAUUCUGUACAUCAAGGGCCGCUGCCUGUGUUUUCUGUCAUCUGCCUUAAUUGUAUAAGCCUGCAGUGGUGGAGGGUUUUGUAUUUUGGUGUCUGGCUUGGAAUCCGAGACUUCAUAUC